AUGGUAACAUCCUCGAUAAUAAAACAAACUGCUUUUUCUUGUUAUAGAGCUAUGCCACGAACGUUUAAAACACCAAGACUGUGCCAAAAAGAAAAGAAAACGGAGUUGUAUAGCUACAAAGUGAUUCGUGACGGACAAAUGUGCACUGAAGCCCUCUUUAUUGCAUUACUUAACAGAACAGAGGAUAUCAUCCUUCUUCCGCCAAAUGGGAAAACGUUGGUCGCACUUCCGUUUAUUCCAGUCAAACAAGUCAUUUUCAACGAAGACGACGAAAUCAAUGUUGUCGAAUUAAUUGACAGACGAUUAGAAGAGCGAAAAGAUGAUGAUAUUCGAAAAGGAAUAUCUGAGGAGACAGCUGAACGAAGAGUCAAGAAGUGUCGAAUACCUGCAACUGUAAUUCUGUUAGGAGAUAUAUUAUUAGAGAGAGGUGUAAGGUUUGAGACUAAACAGACAAGAGGAAAGAACGACGCGAUGAUAGUGGAAUAUGUUGAUAAAAUAAUAGUUGGAUCAAGAGUAAUUGAGAAAAUGGAAAUCAUGAAAAGAGGAGAAUCAAUCAAUAAAUAUCUGAUCACAUGUUUUAAAGGAGGUCUUAGAUCAUACGUGUUAAGAAAAGGGGAGGAAAAAUUGCGAAGACUACUCGAGGAUGAGAUAGUAUUUUGA